AGAUUGCAGUCGCGCUCCGUGUUUUACUCGUAUUUGAUGGAAUAUCCAAUUGGCAAGCAUUUGGACAGGCACAUAUCAUUUUAUCUAACUCAGCUAAGUUACGAGAUGCAGCCUGGCAGAUUGAGCGCAUUGGAAAUGAUGCACACCAUAAUCACGGGUUUCCCAUUAAAAACUUUAAUCGCAAGAUCAGGAUAUAUAUUUCUGAUGGCCGGUGUAAGAUUGAUAAACGAUGAUGAUCCGACUUGCCGUAAGCUUUGUGCAAAAUGCAUAAAAGAAAUGAUUAACCGGAUGCCCUCCAACGAGAAAAACAAACUGUUCGAGAUAGUUAUUGAAUGGUUAAAAGAUGACAAGGUAAUUACUGAUUAUCGUGAAUCUUUAAAUAAUGAGCUCUUUCCUUCGAAUCAGUCUCAACGAAGAAGCGAGUCUUUUUUAUAGAAACAUAAAACAGCAUGAAAUACUAACAAUUUGU